CACAAAUUAUUUAAGGUGAUUUGUUAAUUAACAAUAUCAAAAAAAUCUUCCUAAAAAAAAUUAACCCAUACAUGUGAUGCUAUAGUUAGUAGUACUAGAACUAAACCCAUCCAGUAGUAAAUCUAAUAAACUUCAUUUUUUUUUGUAUUUUGUUGACUUGCACUUCGACAUACUCUAUAUAAACACAACCAUAUUAGAGAUCAGAUCCCAACACCACUAAUAAACUCAACAUGGCUAGAUCCUUGUUGCUCUCGCUAACCCUCACAUUCCUCUUCGCCGGAAUUGUCUCAGCUCGUGACUGGAACAUCCUGAGCCAGCUCAAAGGAACCACAACCACCACGAAGACUAGCCAAACCGGCGUCACAUCUUUGAAAGCUCCCAACCUAAACGGAUACUGUGAGAGCUGGAGAGUCAACGUGGAGCUUAACAACAUAAGGGACUUUAAGGUGGUUCCACAGGAAUGUGUAUGGUUCGUCCAAAAGUACAUGACCUCAUCUCAAUACGAAGAUGACGUGGAGAGAGCCGUCGAUGAAGCCAUCCUCUACCUCGGAAAAACUUGUUGCGAGAAGAAGACAUGCGAUGGCAUGGAUGCUUGGAUCUUUGACAUUGAUGACACUCUUCUCUCAACCAUUCCUUACCACAAGAGCAACGGUUGUUUCGGUGGUGAGCAACUGAACACGACCAAGUUCGAGGAAUGGCAAAAUUCGGGCAAGGCACCAGCGGUUCCACACAUGGUGAAGUUGUACCAUGAGAUCAGAGAGAGAGGUUUCAAGAUCUUUUUGAUCUCUUCUCGUAAAGAGUAUCUCAGAUCUGCCACCGUCGAAAAUCUUAUUGAAGCCGGUUACCACAGCUGGUCUAACCUCCUUCUGAGGGGAGAAGAUGAUGAAAAGAAGAGUGUGAGCCAAUACAAAGCAGAUUUGAGGACAUGGCUUACAAGUCUUGGGUACAGAGUUUGGGGAGUGAUGGGUGCACAAUGGAACAGCUUCUCUGGUUGUCCAGUUCCCAAGAGAACCUUCAAGCUCCCUAACUCCAUCUACUAUGUCGCCUGAUUAAAUCUUAUUUACUAACAAAACAAUAAGAUCAGAGUUUCAUUCUGAUUCUUGAGUCUUUUUUUUCUCUCUCCCUCUUUUCAUUUCUGGUUUAUAUAACCAAUUCAAAUGCUUAUGAUCCAUGCAUGAACCAUGAUCAUCUUUGUGUUUUUUUUUCCUUCUGUAUUACCAUUUUGGGCCUUUGUGAAAUUGAUUUUGGGCUUUUGUUAUAUAAUCUCCUCUUUCUCUUUCUCUACCUGAUUGGAUUCAAGAACAUAGCCAGAUUUGGUAAAGUUUAUAAGAUACAAAAUAUUAAGUAAGACUAAAGUAGAAAUACAUAAUAACUUGAAAGCUACUCUAAGUUAUACAAAUUCUAAAGAA